AAGCCACCGCCGCCAGUCUGAGGCAGGUGCCCGACAUGGCGAGUGCUGUGCUGCCGAGCGGAUCCCAGUUUGCGGCGGCGGUGGCGGCGGUGGCGGCGGCGGCGGCGCCUCCCGGGCUCCGACUCCGGCUUCUGCUGUUGCUCCUCUCCGCCGCGGCACUGAUCCCCACAGGCGAUGGACAGAAUUUGUUCACGAAAGACGUGACAGUGAUCGAGGGAGAAGUGGCAACCAUCAGCUGCAAAGUCAAUAAGAGCGACGACUCUGUGAUUCAGCUUCUGAAUCCCAACAGGCAGACCAUUUAUUUCAGAGACUUCAGGCCUUUGAAGGACAGCAGGUUUCAGUUGCUGAAUUUUUCUAGCAGUGAACUCAAAGUGUCGCUGACAAACGUCUCAAUUUCGGAUGAAGGAAGAUACUUUUGCCAGCUCUACACUGACCCCCCACAGGAAAGUUACACCACAAUCACAGUGCUGGUCCCUCCACGCAACCUGAUGAUCGAUAUCCAGAAAGACACAGCGGUGGAAGGUGAGGAGAUUGAAGUCAACUGCACCGCCAUGGCCAGCAAACCAGCCACGACCAUCAGGUGGUUCAAAGGGAACAAGGAGCUAAAAGGCAAAUCGGAGGUGGAGGAGUGGUCAGACAUGUACACGGUGACCAGUCAGCUGAUGCUGAAGGUACACAAGGAGGACGACGGGGUCCCCGUGAUCUGUCAGGUGGAGCAUCCAGCUGUUACCGGAAACUUGCAGACCCAGCGGUACCUUGAAGUACAGUAUAAGCCUCAAGUGCAUAUUCAGAUGACUUACCCUCUACAAGGCCUGACCCGGGAAGGGGAUGCGCUCGAGUUAACAUGUGAAGCCAUCGGGAAGCCCCAGCCGGUGAUGGUGACCUGGGUUAGAGUCGAUGACGAGAUGCCUCAGCACGCCGUCCUGUCCGGGCCCAACCUGUUCAUCAAUAACCUAAACAAAACAGAUAAUGGUACAUACCGCUGUGAAGCCUCUAACAUAGUGGGGAAAGCUCACUCGGAUUAUAUGCUGUAUGUUUACGAUCCCCCCACAACUAUCCCUCCUCCCACAACAACCACCACCACCACCACCACCACCACCACCACCAUCCUUACCAUCAUCACAGACACGGCAGCGACGACAGAACCCGCAGUUCACGGCCUUACUCAGUUGCCCAAUUCCGCAGAAGAACUGGACAGUGAGGACCUCUCAGAUUCUCGAGCGGGCGAGGAGGGCGCCAUCCGAGCGGUGGAUCACGCCGUGAUCGGCGGUGUCGUGGCCGUGGUCGUGUUCGCCAUGCUGUGUUUGCUCAUCAUUCUGGGCCGCUAUUUUGCCAGACAUAAAGGUACAUACUUCACUCAUGAAGCCAAAGGAGCCGAUGACGCAGCAGACGCAGACACAGCUAUAAUCAAUGCAGAAGGAGGACAGAACAACUCCGAAGAAAAGAAAGAGUACUUCAUCUAGAUCAGCCUUUUUGUUUCAAUGAGGUGUCCAACUGGCCCUAUUUAGAUGAUAAAGAGACAGUGAUGUUGGAACUUGCGAGAAAUUCGUGUGUUUUUUUAUGAAUGGGUGGAAAGGUGCGAGACUGGGAAGGCUUGGGAUUUGCUGUGUAAAAAAAAAAAUGUUCUUUGAAAGUACACUCUGCUGUGACACCUCUUUUUUUUGUUGGUUGGUUGGGUUGUUUUGUUGUUGUUAUCGUUUUUCUUUUUUGUUUGUUUGUUUUUAAGUUUUAUUUCUUCCUACCAAGUCAAACUUGGAUGCUUGGCUUUAGUUCGAGUAGACUGCAGAAAUUCUGUGCCUUGUUUUUUGUUUGUUUGUUGUGUUCCUUUUUUUUUUUUCCUCUUUUUCCUUUGUGCGCAUUUAUUUUUCCCCAAAGAAAUUUUGGAUUUUUUUUUUUUUUUUCCAAAAUCUCCCAUUUUGGAAUUUGCCUGCUGGGAUUCCUUAGAAUCUUUUUUCCCCUGAUUUUGUUGUUGUUUUCGCUUUUUUUGUUGUUGUUGUUGUUGUUUGAAGAAACUGCUUUCUCUUCAAAGUUCAGUUCUAUAAAAGGAGAACCAGCACAGUUUAGAUUUCAUAGUUCAGAAUUUAGUGUGUCCAUAAUGCAUUCUUCUCUGUUGUCGUAAAGAUUUGGGUGAACAAUGAGGACUCUUUGCUGCUACCCAUGUUUCAAAUACGUAGAGCAGUGAAGACUAGAAACUUAGACUGUGAUUCAGAAAAUGUUCUGUUUGCUGUGGAACUACAUUACUGUACAAGGUUAUCUGCAAGUGAGGUGUGUCACAAUGAGAUUGAAUCUGUCUUUAAUUCUGUAUCUGUAGACGGCUCAGCAUAGAUGCCCCACACUGUCCAGAAAGGUUUGGGGGCGGAAAGGGCUCCUCCUUUUUCAAUGCCCUAAAUGGACCUGACAGGUGAGGUCUGUUCCUUUUAUAUAAGUGGACAAAUUUGAGUUGCCACAGGAGGGGAAGUAGGGAGGGGGGGAAAGCUAGUUCUGCUCUGGUUAUUUCUGUUCCAAACGAUUCCAUCCGCCUUUCCCAAUCGGCCAUACUUCUCACUAAUUUGUAGGAAAAAGCAAGUCCGCGUGGCGUGUGAAUGACUGGAUGGGACAGGGUUGGUUUUUUGUUGGGUUUUUUUUUUUUCUUUGUGCUUAGUUAGGAAGGCAGUAGGAUGUGGCCUGCAUGUACUGUAUAUUACAGAUAUUUGUCAUGCUGGGAUUUCCAACUCAAAUCCGUGUGAAACUUUCAUUCCUUCAGAUUUGGCUUGACAAAGGCAGGAGGUAUAAAAGGAGGGCCGGUAUUGUUCUCACACUGGUCUGCUGUCGAUCUCAGUUCUCGAAAGGUCAGAGCAGAGGUGGAAAAACAGCAUGUAGGGAUUUUCAGUUACUUAAUCAAAACUCAAAUGUGAGUGUUUUUAUCUUUUUACCUUUCAUACACUAGCCUUGGCCUCUUUCCUCAGCCUUAAGAACCAUCUGCCAAAAAUUACUGAUCCUCGCAUGAUGGCAGCCAUAGUGCAUAGCUACUAAAAGAAGUUACCUUGAACAUAUCUUAGAUGGGGAGCCUCUGGAAAAGGUAGAGGAGUCAAGUUACCAUUUGCAUUUUUUUAAAGCAAUGUGGGGAUUUUCAUUGAUACGUCUAGGAAAUCUAGAAGUAGUCCCGAAGGACGAAAACUAAAAACUCUUACCAUAUGUUUUGGUAAGGCUUCAGACUCCAGAAUACAGUCCCUAUGGAAAGAUGGCAUCAAAAAAGAGAUCUAUAUAUAUAUAAAUAUAUAUUAUAUAACAUUUUCAGUGAGUAAUUUUGGAUUUUGCAAGGUGCAUUUUUACUAUUGUUACAUUAUGUGGAAAACUUACGCUGAUUUAUUUAAGGGGGAAAAAAGUAUCAACUCUUUGUUAUUUGAAAGUGUGUUUAUUUUUCUUGUCUUUGUUUUAACCUUUAAUAGAACCAUUGCAAUAUGGGGGCCUUUUGGGAAUGGACUGAUAUGUAAAAGAAAAUCCAUAUUGAGCAGCAUUUUGUUUUCCCCCCUCCUAUCCCUAGGCACUUAACCAAGACAAAAAGCCACAACGAACAUCCAUUUUUCAAUGAAUUUUAUAACGUGCAGCUCUAUUCCGAGCCCUUAGCACCCAUUCUGAGCAUAGUAUAACUGCAUCAAAGGGUGAGAACCAUUUAGCAUGUCGUUGAAAGGUCUUUUCAGUUGUUCUUUUUAGGGGGAAGAAAAAAAAAAAAAAAGCCUACCAUUGCUCACAAAAUUGGCAUCUCAUUUUUGGGACCUCCCAUCUUUGUUUUGAAAAGUGUACAGUAGUGCAGUGUUCCUGAUGUAACUUUAUGGCUUACAAUGUUGACAUGUCUCAGGUUCAUGUGUUUCGAUUGGUGUUUUCCGUCUCAGGUAGAUUGCAAAGUGUAGGCCCCACACAUUGGAAAAGAAAAAUAAAUAAAUAAAUAAAAAUAAAGCAAAAACAGGAAAUUAUGGGUUUUAGUUGUAUAUUGGUUUAUGUAUUUUUUCUUAAGUAUACAGUGCACUGUUUGAAAUGUAUUGUUGAGUAUUACUUUGUACAGGUUGAUCACUUUUUUUAGAGUGAAGAAAGAACAAACUUGUUUUUUGUGUUUUUUAAAGGAAUAUAAAAUAAUGAAGGAUGUAUCAUUGAUGCCAAAUAAGCUUGUUCUUUAGUCACACGUCUUAUUUUUCCCUUUAGGCCAGUUCUGUUUUUAAGGUGUACAUGAACAAUGUUAUGGUGUAAGAAAUUCCAUAUCCAUAUGUUCCCAUUCGCAUUUUGUAUUGGUUCAUGUAUACCAUUUUUACAAAAAAAAAAGAAAAAAAAAGAAGUACUAUAAAAUAUCUGUCUUCUUAAUAAAAAAAAUUAAUGUUA